AUGUCUCAAGACUCAGCCGUAGUUGGGAUGUCCACCCACGCAAACGACGACAUUGCUGUUGUCGGAUUCUCCUUCCGACUCCCUCAAGAUGUGAAUGACGAUAUGAGCUUCUGGGAAGUUCUGGAUAACCGUCGAAACUUAAUGACCAGCUGUCCUGAGUCCCGCAUGGAUGCUAAGUCAUUCUUGGACACCAAUGCCAACAAGCCAUAUCCUCGUGGGGCUCAUUUCAUCACAGAUGAUGUUACCUGCUUCGACGCUCCUUUCUUCUCGGUAACAGCGAAGGAAGCUGCCUCAAUGGAUCCAAUGCAAAGAAUGACUCUUGAGACUUCAUAUCGUGCCUUUGAAAAAGCUGGCUUCACAACAGAUGCCCUGAGAGGUUCACAGACAGCUGUGUUCCAUGCGUCCAUGUUGGAGGAUUACACACGACUGAUGGCAAUGGACCCCGAUAACGUAGAACGCACCACGAUUACUGGUGGCACGGUGCCGUGCAUGGUGCCAAACCGUAUCAGUUGGUACUUUGAUCUUCGGGGACCAAGCAUCCAUGUUAAUACGGCUUGCUCCAGUGGACUGGUCGCCGUUGACAUGGCAUGUAAGACAUUGCGCAGUGGCGAUGCAUCAUGUGCUCUCGUCACUGGAGCCAACCUGCUCCUUGACCCUACCCUGUUCCAUCUGCUGUCAAACCAAAACUUCCUGUCGCCGGAUAGCCGGUCCUACAGCUUUGACCAGCGAGCCAACGGCUACGCCAGAGGUGAAGGUAUUAUUGCUGUGGUGCUUAAGCCUGUUUCUGCAGCUGUGCGAGAUGGUGAUAUGAUUCGUGCUGUCAUUCGUGCUUCGGGCUCAAACCAGGAUGGUCAUACUCCGAUUAUAACACAGCCCAGCCAGGAAGCGCAACAAGACCUUAUUCAGCACGUCUAUAAACAGGCGAAUGUUUCACUGGCAGAAACACGAUAUGUCGAGGCACAUGGAACGGGAACGCCGGUGGGAGAUCCGAUUGAAGCACGAGCAAUAGGGAGAGUGUUCCGAAAAUACCGAUCCCAGAAAGAUCCACUUUACAUUGGCUCCGUCAAAUCCAACAUUGGCCAUCUUGAAGGUGCAAGUGGCCUAGCUGGCUUACUGAAAGUCAUCUUGAGUUUGGAAAAGGGUAUUAUUCCACCCAAUGCGCUCUUCGACAAGAUCAAUCCUGCUAUAGACGCAGACUUCUGGAACAUCUCGAUCCCUGCUGCAAGUGUGUUCUGGCCCGGCCAAGGCGUGCGCAGAGCCUCAGUCAACUCCUUCGGCUUUGGCGGCUCCAACACACACGUUGUAAUCGACGAUGCGCUGCAUUACUUACAAGAGAGGAACUUGGCUGGCAAUCACUGUACCGCUACAGUUCCUGACAACGUGGCCGAUGAGGAAUGUUCUAACUCGGAUGUUUCCACUGUUGGUUCUGAGGAAACUGAGUCUACUAAAGCGGCUUCAGAGACUUCAGCCGCAGAAACUCUUCCUAAGUUGCUUGUGUGGACCGCCGCCGACGAGCAGGCAGCCAAACGCUCCCUACGCGAUUACGAACUCUAUUACAAUGAGAAGAUCGCAGGGAGCCGCACCAAGCUCGAUCGUUUGGCUUACACAUUGGGUGCCCGCAGGACGCACAUGCUUUGGAGGAGCUUCGCCAUUGUUACAGAUAGCCAAGAUGGUGCAACGGACCUUGACCCAGCGAAGCCCGUGAGGAGUUCUACAGAUGACGCUACACUGGCCUUUGUCUUUACAGGACAGGGAGCCCAGUACGUGGGCAUGGGAUGGGACUUGGUCAAACAUCCCGUUUUCGCAGACACCCUCCAGAAGAUUGAUAAGAUAUACGAGAGCCUUGGGUGUACAUGGUCUAUCUUCGAUGAGUUACGCUCUAGUAAGAAUAUCGACCUGCCGCAGUACAGCCAGCCCUUGUCCACAGCGGUUCAACUUGCCCUGCUGGAACUGCUGGCUAGUUUCGGUAUUGCUCCUAAAGCCGUCAUUGGACACUCUUCAGGAGAGAUUGCCGCUGCGUACGCCAUUGGUGCGUUGUCAUUGGAAUCUGCCUGCAAAGUCUCCUAUUUCAGGGGCCAGCUUGCAGGAAAGCUGAGGACUGCCAAUGCCGCCACCCCAGGGGCAAUGAUGUCCAUCAACUUGACAGAAGCAAAUGUCUCUGGAUACCUUUCUGCAAUUGGUGAUGAAGUUAGCUCUGUUUGUGUGGCUUGCAUCAACAGCCCCCUCAACUGCACACUGUCAGGUCCCGAAACGGCCAUUGACGCCAUCAAGGCACAGGCUGACAAGGAUGGCAUCUUUGCUCAAAAGCUUAAGACUGGAGUUGCAUACCACUCAAAGGCAAUGGAAGCUAUUGCUGACGAGUAUGUAACGCUGAUGGGGUCGCUUGAGGGUGCCUCGCGCCAGGAUCUCAAGGUCGCGAGCGGUAUUCCCAUGGUCUCAUCCGUGUCAGGCAAGAUCGUACGUCCGGCUGCUCUGAAGACGGGCCAGUAUUGGGUCAACAACAUGGUCUCCCCAGUUCGUUUCGCCGAUGCCAUGCAGCUGCUCACCCAAGAGCCAUCCAAGGUCAAAAUGGGGCUGAACAGUAUUACCGACCUUGUCGAGAUUGGGUCUCAUCCUGCUUUGCGAAGAGUGGCUCAGGAUACUAUCCGCCAAAAUGGAAACAAAAAGCAGCAGAUCCGGUAUAGUGCUGCUUUGCAAAGAUCCCACCCUCCUAUUAAGACAACGCUGGAACUUGUGGGACAGUUGUUUUGCUGGGGACACAACGUAUCCAUCAAUGCUGUCAACCAAAGCAUGAAGCCGGCCACCAAGUUGGACACAUCCACAGGGAAUCCCAGUUUCCUCAUCGAUACCCCAGAGUAUCCAUUUGACCGAUCCCACAAGUACUGGGCAGAAUCUCGCAUUAGCCGAGACUACCGACUUCGUGGCAGCGUCAAGGGUGACAUGCUCGGAGCUCGAGUGGCUGAUUGGAAUCCCCUUGCCCCUCGCUGGAGAAAUUUCCUAACAGUUGAGUCUAUUCCAUGGACCGGGCACCACAGGGUUACCGACGCCAUAUUGUAUCCUGCUGCCGGCAUGCUAGUCAUGGCUAUUGAGGCUGCCCAGCAAAUGGUUCCAGAAGAUAAGGAGGUUUCCGGCUUCCUCUUCAAAGAGGCUGAUUUCUUCAAUCCCAUCAUGGUUUACGAUAGAUGGGAAGACAGAACUGAGACCCAGGUUCAACUUCGACCUCUUAAUACGACACAAGAUGCCGAAAAGUGUGGCCAUCUGCUCAUGCAAGUUGAUUACGAGAAGUCGACAAGCACCUACGGCAGCGAGCGUAGGCAGCUUACCCACGAGAAAGUUCGUAAUCAAUACAGCCAGGCUUCUGAAACAUGUGUCUGGCCUAUUGACGCUGCCUCCAUCUAUCGCAACGCUACCGAAGUUGGCUUGCAAUAUGGAGAAUGGUUUCAGCUUCUGCAGGAUGUGUGCUGGGACUCCAAUGCUACCGCCGUGGCCCGUGUUGAUGUGUCCAAAGACAAGUACAAGACUGCCAGCCUGGUACAUCCCUGCGUACUUGAUCAAGCCUUCCAAGUAUUGCGUGUCGGUGCUGGCCAGCAUCCCCACGCCAAUGUUCCCGCUCGUUUGGUAGGCGCAUGGUUUGCCUCUACCUCAAAGUGGCAAGGUCCUGGAUCUGACCAUAUUCGGUGGAUUGCGACAUCUACUUCAGCCGCUCCUGUUGGAGGUGCCCAGGGCAAGGGCGAGCAGGGUACCAUUGCUGCCCUGGCUGAUGAUGACACUGUUCUGUGCACGAUAGAGCAGGCCACCACGGUGUCCAUCACCAGCGACGUCAAGACAACGGACAAAAAGCUACUCUACAGUACCGAGUGGAAGCCCCAGUUGAGCUUGCUGGAACCUGAGCAGCUAGCCAGCGUCUGUAAAGCAGAUUCAUUUGAGAAAGAUGAAUCUUCAAUUGUGGAAAAUCAUUUGAAGAUGUGCUUAGCUCUGGAGCUUACUGCUAUCCGAGUGCUUCAGAGACUAGAUCGAACCAAGAUUCCCAAGGCUUUGACUCGCCACGUCGAAUGGAUGGAGUGGCAUAUUGCUAGCAAUAUGACCCCUGAAAACAGACAGCUUGGAGAUACCAUAAGCGAUGAGGAGUUGGAAUCUCGCCUAGUUGAAGCUGAAGAGCUUCUACCGGCUUGGAAGCUGUUAACCACCUGCGCGCGAAGACUGCCCGAGGUGCUCUCGGGUGAGGUCGAUCCUCUCCAAGUGGUGUACGGAAAAGACGAAGCAGACGUCUUUUAUGCCGACCUCUGCUAUAAGCUUUGCCAGGAUGGUCGACUCAGUGCAGUCUUGGACCUGGCCGCACACGAGCGCCCAGCUCAGCGAAUUUUGGAAGUUGGUGCCGGAACUGGUGGCAUGACUGGACAUGUUCUAUCCCUCCUGCAACAGCGCGAAGAAAGAAUUGGGGGCUCUUGCUUCUCCCAAUACACGUAUACAGACAUUUCGCCAAUGUUUUUUGAGAAAGCUCGUGAGCGAUGGUCUCAUCUCGCUUCUCAGGGCCGCAUGAACUUUAAGACCUUCAACAUGGACAAUCCUAUCGAAGAUCAGGGAUUCGAGCCCGGCUCUUAUGACCUUGUCGUUGCUGCCAGUGUGCUCCAUGCUACCCCUUACAUGGAGACUAGUCUUCGACACGUCCGUAGAGCAUUGAAGCCUGGCGGCCGACUCAUUUUGCUUGAGGUCAUUAACCCGGAAAAUAUCGUCACGAGCUUCAUGUCGGGAUUGGUGCCUGGAUGGUGGGUUGCCAAGGAGGAAUGGAGACCAUACUCUGCGGCUGUGGAUGAGCCGCGAUGGGAUAAAUGCCUGAAGGACAAUGGAUUCUCAGGCAACGACGUGAUUAUGCGCGAUUACAAGAGUGAUGAAUGCCAUGUUGUGAGCAUCAUCCUCACGACGGCUGUCGAGGAACCCAAGCAGGCUCCUGAGACUCGGCAGAGAAAGCUUGUCAUUGUUGUUGAUGAGCAAAAGUCAUACCGACAGACACGGUUGGCAGAAUUGGUGCAGCAGCAACUGGAUCCUCAAGGCAGCAUGACUUCAAGCAUCUGUUCCUUCACCUUGGACGACCUAUCGCAGUCUCUCGACAGCCUAACCAAAGAUGACACUGUAGUGUGCAUUGCUGAGGUCAACAACCAGGCCCUUCUCUCCAAUCUUUCAGAAAAGAGCUUCAAGUGCCUCCAGUACCUAGUAGGAAACGCACCCAAGCUUCUCUGGGCCACUGCUAGCAGUAUAGAGAACGAAGAGCACGCCAACUACGGCGUCAUGCAGGGAUUCUUCCGUUCGAUUCGAGUAGAGCAUCCUGAUAACCAGAUUGUUUCGCUUGCCAUGGAAGGUAAAUUGGAAUCUCUCAAGUCUGCUCAAUUUAUUGCAAAGGUCUUUAAUGCCAGUUUCGGAUCCUCGGCUUCUAAAGAGGUUGAGUAUCUCGUCAAAGAUGGUCUUCUGAUGACUGGAAGAGCAGUCGAGGAUGUAUCCGGCAAUGAAGCUAUCACUUCUCUCGUGUCCUGCCAAUUCCAGGAGAAGGCUUGGUAUGAUGGACCGGCUCUGCAGCUCUCUGUUGACACUAAAGAAGCUGUAGCCACCCUGCAGUUUGUCCGAGAUGUCAAGUAUGAGAUCGAUUUGGAUCCCAGUGAGGUGGAAAUUGAUGCCAAAGCUUGGGGUGUUAGCCACAAGGAUGCGCAGACAGCCAUGGGCCGCCGGCAAGAUUUCCAUGAUGGCCUCCAGCUCGGAUAUGAUUGCGCUGGUAUUGUCACUCGGGUUGGACGAGACUGCGCUUCCUUCAAGCCUGGAGACCGAGUCUGCAUGGUGGCUCCAGGUUGUAUGCGACAGUAUCCUCGCGGAAAUGCAAAAGCCGUUUGCAAAAUUCCAGAGUCAAUGUCUUAUGAGGUUGCUACAUCUGUCCUGAUCCCCUCUAUGACUGCUUAUCACGCCAUGGUCGAUAUUGCUCGCCUUGAUAAAGGAGAAAGGGUUCUCAUUCACGCAGCUGCCAGUGCCGUAGGCCAAGUCGCUGUCCGUGUUGCCCAGAUGCAGGGUGCUGAGAUCUUCGCCACAUACUCGGGAUCCCAGGAGCGAGACACGCUGAAGACCAUGGAUUUGCCUGAGGAGCGCAUCUUCGACAAUAGCAGUAUCGCUUUUACGCAAGGUGUGAUGAAGCUGACUGGCGGAGACGGAGUAGAUGUGAUUUUCAAUCUGCUGGCUGGAGAAGAAGCCAUGCGAGCCUCUUGUGAAUGUCUGGCUUCUGGCGGGCGCUUCCUCGAAAUGAAUCGCUCCAACGUCGGUUCCAAUGCCACUCUUCCCAUCGGUAUCUUGGACAGAAACGCCAGUUUCUCCAUCAUUGACGUUGUCGGCCUGAAUCUGAAGACAACUAGCAGACUUCUGCAGAAGACAAUGGAGCUGAUGGAACAGGAGCACAUUGCGCAUCCCAAACCAUUGCACUGCUUCAACGCAUCAGAAGUGGAAAUGGCCUUCCAAGAGUUACAGGCUGGCAAUAAACUGGGUCGUGUCAUCAUCAAGCCUCAAGCUGAAGAUGUAGUAACGAAAUUCAUCCAGGAGCAGCGUCCUUGGAAGUUUAAUGCAGAUGCAUCGUAUUUGAUUGCAGGAGGAUCCGGUGGUCUUGGUCGGGCCAUUGCUAAAUGGAUGGCUGACCGCGGAGCCAAAAACCUGAUUCUUCCAUCUCGAUCCGGAGCUGCUUCAAAAGCUGCCAAGGAAUUGAUUGAAGAAUUAACAGCUCGUGGCAUCAACAUUGUGGCGCCCAAAUGCGACGUGGCAUCAGAAACAGAGCUCGCAGAUGUCCUAGAUAACUGCGCUCGCACUAUGCCUCCUAUUAAAGGCUGUAUCAACGCAGCAAUGGUCCUGCAGGGUGCCGUGUUCCAGAACAGCAUGACCUUUGCCCAGUGGGAUCUCACGAUGCGCUCUAAGAGGCAGACAUCGUGGAACCUGCACCAGUUCCUGCCCAAGGAUCUCGACUUCUUCAUCAUGCUCUCAUCUCUUGCUGGCGUCGUUGGUCAAAUCGCCAGCGCAAACUACUCGGCAGGCUGCUCAUUCCAGGACGCUCUUGCACGACAGCGUCUUGCUCAGGGUCAGGCAGGUCUUUCCAUCGACCUUGGCUGGAUGCGAAACAUUGGAAUUGUCGCCGAGACUGGCGCGUACCAAAAGCAGCGCGAGUCCUUUGACGACAUGAAGCAGAUUGACGAUGCCGAGCUCUUCGCUACCCUUUCCACUCCGAUUGAUAGCCUAGCCCAAGGCCGCAACCUACCACAGCUGAUGGACAGGCCCUUCUUCGCCCCUUUCUCCUUUACCACCGACUCAGCCGUCGCAACAAGCACAAGCGCCAACCAAGAAGCCGCAGUGGGCGCUCGUUUCCGACAAGCUUCGAACCCAGGAGAUCGCGCUGAGGUCGUGCUGGGCGCCUUGACUGCCAGGCUGGCGCGUGCCAUGGCCAUCCCGUCUGACGAUGUGGAACAGAACAAGUCACUGUCACACUAUGGCGUUGACUCUCUGAUGUCUGUUGACUUGCGAAACUGGAUUGGACGAGAGUUUGGUUCCAUGCUUACAGCAUUCGAUAUCAUGGGUGGUGCCUCCAUUGCAAAGAUUGUGGAUAUGAUUGUUGAGAGGAGCACGAUUGGGUAA